GAUACCUUCUCCUGUUCCUGUUCCUUUCUCAUGCUGUUUCUCUUUCCCCCUAUUUUUCUUAAUAAAUUUUCUCUCUCUACAUAUUCAAAUUUUGAUCCUCCUAGAUAAAGCUUGUUCGUAAUCAGAUCAGAAAUUCUUCUACAAUCAAUUUGGCUUCAUGGAAAAUGAUGCUGGAUGCUCUUCAACUCAGUUGAUCGAUGGAGAUGGUACUUUCAACGUUUCUGGGAUUGAGGCUUUUAUGAAAGAAGUAAAGUUGGCAGAAUGUGGGCUUUCGUAUGCCAUAGUCUCCAUCAUGGGUCCACAAAGCAGUGGGAAAAGUACACUAUUGAAUCAUUUAUUUGGAACCAACUUCAGGGAAAUGGAUGCAUUUAGAGGAAGGUCUCAGACAACAAAAGGAAUAUGGCUAGCAAGAUGCGCAGGCAUUGAGCCGUGCACCCUAGUAAUGGAUUUGGAGGGUACCGAUGGUAGAGAAAGAGGAGAGGAUGAUACUGCUUUUGAGAAACAAAGUGCUCUCUUUGCCCUUGCUGUUUCUGACAUAGUGCUUAUAAACAUGUGGUGCCAUGACAUAGGGCGUGAGCAGGCAGCAAAUAAACCGCUUCUGAAGACUGUAUUCCAAGUUAUGAUGCGGUUGUUUAGCCCUCGUAAAACAACUCUGAUGUUUGUGAUACGUGAUAAAACAAGGACUCCCCUUGAAAAUCUAGAACCAGUUCUGCGAGAAGAUAUUCAAAAGAUAUGGGAUUCAGUUCCUAAGCCACAAGCCCAUAAGGAUACUCCUCUGAGUGAGUUUUUCAAUGUUGAGGUUGUUGCUCUUUCGAGCUAUGAAGAAAAGGAAGAACAAUUUAAAGAACAGGUUGCUAGCUUGAGACAGCGAUUCAAUCACUCUAUAGCUCCUGGUGGUCUUGCUGGAGAUCGCCGGGGAGUUGUGCCUGCUUCAGGAUUUUCUUUCAGUGCACAGCAGAUGUGGAAAGUUAUUAAGGAGAACAAAGACCUUGACCUUCCUGCACACAAAGUUAUGGUGGCUACUGUUCGUUGUGAAGAAAUUGCCAAUGAAAGAUACAGUGACUUUACUCAAAAUGAGGAAUGGCUUCAGCUGGAGGAGGCCUCGCAAUCUGGCCCUGUUGCUGGAUUUGGAAAGAAGCUUAGUUCUAUAAUUGGAAACUGCUUUUUUCAGUAUGAUUCAGAGGCUGUGUAUUUUGAUGAGGGUGUUAGAACCUCCAAGAGGAAGCAUCUUGAAGAUAAAUUACUGCAACUUGCUCAACCAGCUUUCCUUUCCAUUUUGGGACAUUUACGUUCUGGAACAGUAGAAAAAUUUAAGGAAGCAUUCGACAAAGCUCUUAAAAGUGGGGAAGGGUUUUCUAUAGCAUCCCAGAAAUGCAAACAGAGCUUCGUGAAUCUUUUUGAUGAAGGAUGUGCAGAUGCUGUUAUCGAACAAGCAAACUGGGAUACAUCUAAGACAAGGUCCAAACUUAUACGUGAUUUAGAUGAAUAUAUCACUUCAGUUCGUGAUGCCAAAUUGGCUGAACUUACUACUAGUUAUGAGGAAAAAUUAAACGAGGCUCUUGUAGGGCCGGUUGAAGCACUUUUGGAUGGUGCAAAUGAUGAGACAUGGCCAUCAAUCCGAAAACUUCUUCGACGUGAGACCCAGUCGGCCAUUUCUGGGCUUGCCAGUGAUCUUUCUGGUUUUGAGUUGGAUGAUGAGACUCGUGCUAAAAUGCUAGCUAGGAUAGAAAAUCAUGCAAAUGGUAUUGUUGAGGGAAAAGCCAAGGAGGAAGCUGGAAAGAUCUUGAUCCGCAUGAAGGAUAGGUUCACGAUUUUGUUUAGCCAUGAUACUGACUCAAUGCCCCGAGUUUGGUCUGGGAAGGAGGAUAUAAAAUCAAUCACAAAAGCUGCUCGUUCUGCGUCCCUCAAACUGCUUUCUGUUCUAGCUGCGAUACGGUUGGAAGAUGAAUCUGAUGAUAUUGACAAAACUCUAUCCCUUGCUUUAGUGGAGAAAACGGGUAUCACUAGUGAAAGGAGUGUCACGGUUUCUGAUCCGCUAGCUACAAGCACCUGGGAGAAGGUUCCAUCGUCAAAGACUUUGAUAACACCAGUCCAAUGCAAAUCAUUGUGGAGGCAAUUCCAGAUGGAGACAGAAUAUACUGUUAGUCAGGCAAUUGCUGCUCAGGAGGCCAGCAGACGUAGUAACAAUUGGCUGCCACCUCCAUGGGCAAUCGCUGCCAUGCUUAUUUUAGGUUUUAACGAGCUCAUGACUCUUUUAAGGAAUCCUUUAUGGUUUGCCGUUCUCUUUGUUGUAUUUCUAGUAAGCAAAGCAUUGUGGGUGCAGAUGGAUAUAUCAAAUGAAUUCCGUCAUGGCUGGCUACCUGGAUUCCUUUCCAUUUCAACAAGAAUUGUACCUGCGGUUAUGACAAUGCUCAGAAACCUAGCUGAGCAGGGAAACAGACCAGCAACUACAGGUUCUCGUACAAACCCACCACCCCUAGCCGCUAACAGCUUCCAUAGAGACGGUCUUUCAUCAACUGGUUCUUCGCAUGUAACAACAAAUGAAAACGGAACAGAGUAUUCAAGCUCUUCACAUGAUGAUUAGGUGGACUUGUUUGAUUGCAUAAAAAUUUGGUCUGAGACUCUGAUUUUACUCUACAAGUCAUGUCGCUUCAUCAAGGGGGUGGACAUGUACUUUGCCGAUUAAUUUAAUUCUUAUAGCAGAAAAAAGGUGGAUCCGUGGAUGGAUGAUUGGUGAGAAGGCAUUGAUUUUUGUCGAUGUGCCACAUGCAGGGGUCAGGACUUCUGGUACGAAGAAUCCCUCCCCACCCCUGCGAUAGUUUUGUUUUUCCUUUACUUCACUCUUCUCCGUGUGUUGUAGUGAUCCUGAAUCUGUAAUGGUUGUCUCAGUUAGCUUGUCAUUUUUGUAUGUGAAAGAUUCGCAUUUUCUGAAGUUUCAUUGUAUUGUUAAUAGAAACAUUUUAUCUGAGAGUUAAAACUGAUGAGCAUUUAUAUGAGUGGACUGAUAAUUCGAUUUAGAUUGAUACUCAAA